AUGCCACAGCAGCACUUCCAGCGAAAAUUGACAAUGAGUGGUCCGAUUCACGCCGUGCUGGGGGUGAAGGGAGGCCGAGUGUUCCUGCCUUGCGACGUCACUCCGCUGCACACCAACGACCGCCACGUGCUGGCACGCCUAUACACAGAUCAUGUGGCCAACCUCACCGUCAUCAUCCCGCCAUCGCCCCCCGAGAUCCUCCUGUCCAGCGGCCAGCCCGUCUACGGCGUCGUGGGGCCCUACGACGAGGGCAGCCAACUGAGGCUCAUCUGCGAGGCCACUGACGGCGAGCCUCCGCCAGAGGUGGUGUGGCGGCUGGGCAGCCACGUGGUGGACAGCAGCUGGGAGUGGCCACGGCCAGGUCUGGCCACCAACACCCUGACCAUCCCUGAGCUGCAGCGUGAACACCUGCACGCUUCACUCGUGUGUGAGGCGCACAACACCAACCUCACCAUACCCGUCACCACCAUCGUCACCAUCGAGAUGAACCUGAAGCCCGCCAAGGUGGCGAUAUUGGGCGCCCGCGAGCCACUGUCUGCGGGCCGCGACUACGAAGUCGCCUGCCAGAGCAGCGACGGCCGCCCUCCCGCGCUCCUUACCUGGUAUCUCGACGGCAAGCUCAUCGCCGGCACCGCGCAGCCUGUGAGUUUCACUUAA